GACCCGGGAUCACCGGAAGCGUCGGAGGAGGAAGAGAAAGAGGAGUUGGAAUGUCCUCAUCCCGAGUGUGAUCAAAGUUUCGAUAGUACAUACCUUUUAAUCAGGCAUUUGAGGGGUAAUCACUUAUAG